GUGGCCACUAAGGAGGUGACCCGUGAUGACCAGCAGGUGGAGACAGUCAGGACUGUAACGUCCCUGGUGGUGGUGGUCCAGCCCGUGGUGGGAUUGUCCCCCGGGCCCCUCAGCGUGCAGCCCAGCAUCAUGGCUGUGGAUGCAGCGGGUGACUGCGUGUCUGUGGGGGUGACGACUCUGACCAUGUCAGCUGUGCUCAAAGAUGCUAAUGGGAAUCCAGCAGAGGGACUUCAUGGAAACACCACCAUCCCAUUCAGUGACUGCUGGGCCAAUUACACUGAUUUAGCCAUCUUUACAAAUGGUGAGAACUUGAAGUUGGCCUUUACUUUGAGUGAAUGGAAGGCUGAGUCCAGAUCUUUCACACUCAGAACAGCUACAACGCCAUCUUCUGUGGUCGUCACUAUGGAGGAUGAUGACUUCCCCAGCAGCUUUGACUCCAGCCCAACUAACUUGUCAGAGUCUGUGUAUCUGCUCAUGCUGUUGAGUGGUCUACUCCUACUGCUCAUGAGACCCUAAAUAAUCACAACACACAGUGCACUCUCAUAAAUAUAUUCUAUUGUCUUCUAAUGAUUUGCCUUUGUCUAUAUACUACUGUUUUCCCAUAUGAUCAUUAUCU